AUGAGCCGCAGCACCGCCGCCGACUCGGUCGGGUCGCUGCUCGCUGAGAUUGCCAAUUUUCUCGUCGACGGCGUGAGGAUCCUGAGCUUAUCUGAUAGGCGACAUUGGGGCCCGGACGAGCACGAGCAGCUCCGUGCUCUGGAGGACGCCCUCGACGAGGCCAAGAAGGACUUCCAGGGCCUUGCGCCGCUGGUGAAUGGGCAAUCACACUACGAAAACGACCGUUCACAUGACUCUCUUGUUGCUCUGCGACAACUCCGAAAUAAUUUUUCUGCUCACAUCGGCUGCUUGAAGGACUGGAGCCGGUUGGGCGGCCCAAUCGACCCGGCAUGGGUCCGCGACACCCAAGCUCUGCAACGAGACCUCCACCGCGCGCAGUACCGUGCGGCCGGUCGAAUAUUCGCGUCAGGGCAGGAGUCCUCUACCCGCUGCCUGGGGGCCUUCCUGGUGUACCGGCAGCAGCGGGCGUGGAGGAACAGGCAGGAACUGAGCGUGGAGGAAGGGGGCUACCAGAGGAGACACUUGGAGGAGUUGAGGGUCUGUAAUAAUGUUGGGGGUUUCCACCGCCAUGGAGAGGAAGAUAUUGCUUUUAUUUGCGACUUUUGCGAUGGCCACCUGAUUUGGGAGGAUUUGGAUAAGAUGCCCUCCGUGCGUACGGCACAUGAUAACUCGAUAUGGACCUCGUCGCCAACCGCGACCACUCUGCCGCUGGCAAACCCCCCACCUGCAAAUCAGCCCUCGCCCUCACCCUCGCCUGUGCCCCCUGCACAGCGCCCCGGACAGCCACAAUGGCAAGCCACCGGGUUCUCCAAGUCCCAAUAUGAGCAAAAACAGGUCGUCUUUGCCCCCGUGGCGAUUGCGAACCACUCAGUGCCGAUAGGCGGGGGCUGGCAAUCUUUUAUCACAUGUCCCUUCUGUGAAGAUGACGCAGACGGGCCGAGAGACACGGAUGACGAGGAAGAUGUAUGGCGGCCAGAGGGCCUCUUUGAGGACGUGGCAUCCUUCCAGGAACAUCUGGAAUGGCAGCAUCCAGCCCUCUCCUCUGCCACGCCAGCCGAGUCGUCUUGCCUGGUGAUGUGA